UUCACAGCAGAGUGGAGUUACCUUUUUGGGAUUGUCCUUAUUCCAGGUAAACCGCGACUCACUUGAUCCUCCUUGCAAGCGGCAAUGGCGCUCCCAACAAACGGACGAGUAAUAAUUGACACGACUGUAGGAGAAAUCGAAAUCGAGCUGUGGUCAAAGGAAACACCAAAAACAUGCCGGAACUUCAUCGCGCUCGCGCUAGAAGGUUAUUAUGACGGCGUCAUCUUUCAUAGAAUUGUACCAGGUUUCCUAGUCCAAACUGGUGACAAAACAGGGACAGGUGGAGGAGGGGAGUCAUUCUAUGGAGAACCAUUCGAGGAUGAAAUUCACCCGCGGUUGCGGUAUGCUCACCGUGGGCUUGUCGCUAUGGCCAACAAUGGGACGAAGAAUUCCAAUGAUUCACAGUUCUUCAUUACCCUCGACAGAGCGGAUGAACUGCACGGUAAACAUACGUUGUUCGGAAGGGUAAUUGGCGACACCGUGUACAAUGUCAUGAAGAUCGGAGAGAUGGAAAUUGGCGAAAAUGAACGACCCGUGUACCCACCCAAAAUCAAGUCAAUAACAAUAGCCGACAAUCCAUUCCCAGACAUUAUACCGCGAAUCACUGCUGCCGAAAAGCGUGCCCAGCAGCGAGCACGAGAAGCUGGUCAGCGUCAACGAGAAGAGGCCGAACGUCGGAGAGGUGCUAAGAAGGAUGUAAAACUUUUGAGCUUUGGCGGAGAUCAGGAUGGCGAAACGGAACCCGUAGCGUUCAAGAAGAAAAAUAUUGCUCGGCCAGACUUGGUUGACAAUCCUAGUGCCACAGGCAUUCCGAUGCCUGAAUCUUUGCUCAAUCCUACGAAGAAAUCUAAAGAACCGCCUCGGGAACGUGCAUCUGAGAAGGAACCAUCCAAGCACGAGAAAUCUUCCAAAAGUGAUAGAUCCGAGGGGGGUGCAGAUAAGGACAUCAAGAAAAUUCGUGAAACACACGCGAAAGAGAAGGCUUCUGGAAGCGACGCCCGGCGCACUGAAAUUGAGCAGAUGGAGAGCGAAAUCCGUAGACUAACGCGCAAACGAGAAGGUGGCGAGGACAGUGACGAGGAGGCUGCACGAAAGAAGGCAAAACCGACGAAGUCCUAUCUCGAGGAAGGACUUGCCAAGUACUCCAAGGGGCGGGGAUUACAGAAGAAAGGGAAAGGCAAGAAAGAUGAGGGCGAUGUGUUAGCUGCCUUGAACAGCUUCAGGGGAUUGUUACAGUCAAACGCGACCCUGGAGAUGGAUGAUGUUCAAGAGGAGGGCGAUCGUGUGGACGACGGUGGAGGCGGAACCGUUCCCGAUGGUGAGGAUCCAGGCAUAGAGGUGGACGACGACCGCGGAUUUAUCGGCCAUGCUCUGCACUUCCCGAAGGACGAUGGGGAGGAAACGAGGAAGGCUGAGAGGGACUACGAGGUUAUUGAUCCUCGUCAACGCGGUGCGAGAGCACGGGAAGAGGAACGGGAGAGAAAACGAACGGCGAUGAAGGGAAAGAACGGCCCACGCGGCCGACGGUGAUAUCCAGUUAUUUGCAGUUUCCUCUGCGCUUGCUUGAGAGCUAGUAGUACUGGCGCUACUAGGGACUAUCCUUAUGCAUCUGUUAUCAUAUAAUCUUAUCACCGAUC